UCAGCAUCAGGUGCCAUUUAAGCCGUAUUUGACCGGUGAGAGGAGAGAGAUUGCCGUUCUGGGAGAUAUAUAAAGAAAUACAAAUCGUAUUCACACACCGAAUCUCAAGGGUUUUCAUUAUCGGUGAAAAAAAGGAGGUUUUUGAGAGAGUUGUGUGUUAUGAGGGGAAGGAAUAUAGAAAAAUGAAGUUUUGCAAGAAAUAUGAAGAGUACAUGCAAGGGCAGAGGCACGAGAAACUGCCUGAGGUUGGUUUCAAAAAGCUCAAAAAAAUCUUGAAAAGAUGCAGGAAAGAGGUUCAUUCACAUGGUGUGGGGAUUCCUCAAGACACCUCCACUUGCCCACAGCACUGCCCAGUCUGCGAUGGGACCUUUUUCUCUUCACUUUGUAAGGAAAUGUCUGAUGUGGUUGGCUCCUUCAACCAACGCGCGCAGAGAUUGCUUGAGGUGCACCUGGCAUCAGGUUUUCGCGGGUUCUUUAUCUGGUUGAAGGGUAAAUCACAUGGAAAUCACGCAGCACUGGUUCAAGAAGGCCGGGACCUGGUCACAUAUGCUCUCAUUAACGCCGUUGCUAUGCGUAAAAUACUGAAGAAAUAUGAUAAGAUUCACUGCUCUAAGCAAGGUCUAGCAUUCAAGUCUCAAGCCCAAAGUAAGCGUAUUGAGAUCCUUCAAUCUCCAUGGCUGUGUGAGCUUAUGGCUUUUCACAUAAACUUGAGAGAGACUAAUUCGUAUGCAAAAAAGGUUCCUGCAUUUUUUGAAGGGUGUUCUCUCAUACUGAAUGAUGGAAAACCAUCUCUCUCUUGUGAUCUCUUUGAUUCAAUCAAGCUCGACAUUGACUUGACUUGUUCUAUAUGUUUGGAUACAGUAUUUGAUCCAGUAUCUCUUACUUGUGGUCAUAUCUUCUGCUGCAUGUGUGCGUGCAAAGCUGCAUCCGUGACCAUAGUGGAUGGGUUGAAGGAAGCACAUCCUAAAGAAAAAUGUCCCAUAUGCCGAGAGGCAGGGGUAUAUGAAGGUGCUGUACAUUUAGAGGAGCUACAUGUUCUAUUGAACCGAAGCUGCCCCGAGUAUUGGGUGGAACGUCGCAAAAUUGAUAAAACGGAGAGAAUACAGCAAACGAAGGAGCACUGGGAGUCGCAGUGCCGGCUAUUUAUGGGUGUUUGAGCAGAAAAUGCUGUUUGUUUUUCUUUUUGUAUUGAAAAAGGGUGUUUUCUUAUGGAGUUCUUGGGACUGGUACAUAACUUGUUAUGGAUUGAAAAUCUUUAAUGAGGUUUCUUGGUUAUGGUUUGAAAAUGCACUUUCCAUGUAUAUACUUGUUAAUAGUCAUAAAGUGCUUUUCUAGUUUAUUGACAAGAAAGUAAAAACAUUAUAUAUAGGGAUUAUCUUGUGAAAAUUUGGUUGAAGCUUAA